UUUUAAUACUUUGUUUUAAUAUUUAUAGAAAUACACAACCCGUCGCAUGCCUAAGUGAUCUUUACGAUAUCGGCAAUAAUAUUAAAUUACAGACGUUUGCGAACAAAUCACUGCCAAAUACAUAAAAAAACGGAGAAGUUAAAAAAACAAGAACAUUGUUCUGCAGUUGUAAGUGCGAAACACCGUACAAAAGAGACAAUUUUCGCGGAUUAGAUGUAUAUUUAGAGAGAAAACAUAUAGAAAUGCAAUUAUUUAGCAUCUGACGAAUAUUAUAGUAACAAUGCGAGGAUUUGCGAUAAGGAAUCUAAUUUGGAAUAUUCUACAAAUGUUCAAGAUCGCGCGAAUACACGAUUACAUUUGUUGGAUGACAAUUAUUAUUCUAGCACCAGUUCCAUCUUUAUACAGAGUAAAAAAAAGCCAAAAUUAUUAUCUAGCCAAGAAACUUCUAGAUCCUUUUACUUGAAAACGAUUUCGUCAAAAGUAUAGCUCACGCAUCAAAUAAUGAUCUGCUAUGCAUUGCCAAUAUAGGAAAUAGUAAUUUUAUCAUAUCAUUUUUUUCUGAUCAGUAUAUUUUUUCCGGAGGGAACACGAUCUGCUCGACAGUAGAACUUGACUGGUCUCUAUAUAGUACUUAAUGUGUCAAAGGAAUAAGUGCUAUUUCCAAUCGUAAGAACCACAUGACAAUUCUUCAAUAAUGUAAUACACGCACGAAAUUGUUUUUCAAGAAAUUGGUGUAUAAAGCUAUUAUUUAGUAGCAGUUUUUUAAUAGCAGUUUUACUAUGAACGACAAUGUGUGCGAUAGUUUUAAUUCGUUCCUGCCAUCAGAAGAUAAAGAACCAAACUGUAUGAAAGGUUGAAGUUAGUCGGAAUAGCGCUAUCAAAGGCAUUGUGUUUCUUUGAUUGUAUUAUGGAGAUCAUUUGUAGUCAUUACAACAUUGUAUAUAAAAUAGCGUCACUCACCGGUAUAUGGCCGUAUCUGAAACCAAAAACAAGAAUAUUUCGUGUUACAUUACUAACUAUGAUAUUAUUAACUAUAUUUGUCCCGCAGAUAGCGUACCAAUUUACAUGUAAGAAAGUGCAAUGCACUUAUGAGGCAAUGACAGCGUAUUUAUUAUCAAUUGUAGUUAUGCUAAAAAUAUAUACAUUCCAAUUAAACAAUCGUACAAUUAAAGACCUCACCCAACACUUGUUUUGUGACUGGAAGACAUUAGAAACUGCUGAAGAAUAUGAAAUUAUGAAAUCGUAUGCCGAAAAUAGUAGACGAUUUUCUUUGGUAUAUACAGUAUAUGUUUUUAUAGCAGUAUUUGUGUUUAUGUCAAUGUCUCUUGUACCGUAUAUACUUGAUAUUAUAUUGCCUCUGAAUGAAUCCCGUCCCGUACUACCGCCGUAUAAAGGAUACUACUUUGUGGACAUUAGAGAACAUUUCUUUCAAAUUUACUGGCACUCCAUCAUAGCCUGGGAAAUAGUCGUGACCGGUGUAAUCGCCCAUGACUGCAUGUUUGUGACUUAUGUUGAGCAUGUUUGCAGCAUGUUCGCUAUAGCCGGAUUUCGUUACGAACAUUUAUUUUAUAAUCAUAAAGGAAAGACAGAAACUGCUUUAAACGCUGACGAAUCAGACAUCGACGAAAAGUAUGACAAAAGAGUUGCGUUUCUUGUGUAUACACACCGAGAAGCUCUAGAGUACGCGCAACUUAUUGAAGAUACAUUUACCAAGCCUUUCGCUAUACAAAUGUUGAUAGUAACAAUAGGAAUGAGCGUUAGCUUGCUACAAAUUACGCAACAGGAUGAUAUUUUAGAAGCAAUAAGAUACAUAUUCUAUGUCUUUGGUCAAUUGAUCCAUUUAUUCUGUCUUAGCUUCGAGGGACAAAAACUGAUAGAUCACAGUCUUCAGAUGCGCGACAAAAUGUAAAAAGUAACCGCUUUUGAUUUACUUAAAAAACAUAUGAAUUUUAUAUAUAUUAUUUUCUACAUUUCUAAAACAGAUAUAACAGCUCUUGGUACAAAACAUCUAUAAAAUUACAAAAGCUAAUCAUAUUAGUAAUGAUGAAAAGUCUUCAACCGUGUUUUUUGACCGCCGGCAAGAUAUACAUUUUCUCUUUGGAAAACUUUACCACGGUAAAACGAGGUUUAUCGUAAAUAUUAUUUUGGCACUGCUUUAAUUUGAUAAUGGU